UACCGCGCCUGCUGCCGUCCGCCGCCGCCGCCGCCGCCGCCUACCGCGCCAGCCGCAGCGCCUGCUGCCCGAUCCGGCGCCGUUCCUGGUGAUAGUGGUAAGAUUGCUCUAACAACUCUAGUUUAGGCAUUUUUCUUCAGUGAGUUUAGGCAUUACAUUUCAUAAUUCAGGCUGUAUUCAUGAGUAAGAACACCUACGUUUCUGAAAUCACGUGUUAGGACGACACGAGGGUCGGGCAUUAGACAAACGAAUACCGAUUUACAAUCGAUGCCGGCGAUACCGUCUCACGGUCAAUGAAAUCUCUGGCCCCUAGCACAGAAUCACUCAUGCUAUCCUUGUACGCUAGCACCUCGACUGCGCAUUUUGUCUGCAAAACAUAUUCACUGACUUACAUCCGUGCUAAAUGUGUGUGUCAUAUCUGAAUGGUAAAGCAUAGUCCUGAUUGCGAGAUUGCUUUGGACGGUAGAACAAAAGUAAAUUUCAGCAAAAAAAAACUACACAUUGAAGUUCUCACAAAACUACCAUUACAUUGUGGAUUUGUGGUGGUUCCCUGCCCGAUUUGGGACGUGUCCCACUUACUGUCAAUGAUCCAAAAAGCGUCCAAUGCAUUUUACUGUUGGGGAUCCUAUAAUUUUAAUUAAUUUGUGUACCUUGUUAUCGCUGAUAACAGUGUUUGCUUGCUGCCAUGAUCCUAUAAAUCUAUACAUAUACCAUGUUACAGUUUGCAUAUAUUUUCCAAAAUCUCUUUUAUAUAUGAUUGCUCUAACAACUAUGAGUGUAUUAAAUGGAGUUGAUCUCCCAGAUCCUCACCAUAUUUCCCCCUCUGGGUUCACAGAUUCUCACAGGAAGAAGGAACCCUAGUGCUGUCCCCCUCCCCGUUCGUGGCCUCCAACAGGAUCUUGACUUCCUUUCCCCAAGAUGGAUCAACAAACCAAGGUUGUUACUUGUACUGCUGCUGCAUAUAUGUUGUUGUCAAUGAUGGCCAUGGUUAUUAUUGAGUCUAGAAAACGUAAGCAACAUGCAAGGAGAGAAGGUAUUACUUAUGGACCUAUCGAUGAAAGGGAUAGGAUGAGACUUGAGUACUUAAACAACAAAAUUUGGAAGGAUGAUACAGUUUGUGUGAACAUGCUAAGACUAAAUAGAGCCAAGUUCUUUCGGUUUUGCAACCUAUUCAGGGAUCGUGGUUUGCUUGAAGAUACCAUCCAUUGUUGUGUUGAGCAGCAAGUGGCAAUGUUUCUAAAUACCGUGGGGCACAACCUUAGGAACAGAGUAGUUGGGACUAAUUUUGAUAGAUCCGGAGAAACAGUCAGUCGUUAUUUUAACAGGGUUCUUCGUGCUGUUGGUGAGCUACGAGGGGAAUUAAUUACGCCUCCAUCAUUGGAAACUCCUACUAAAAUACAAGGGAACCAUAGAUGGGAUCCUUACUUUAAGGAUUGUAUUGGAGCCAUCGAUGGUACACAUGUAAGAGCCUCUGUUCCUAAAGAUAUGGAGUUAGCCUUUCGUGGUAGGAAGUCAUAUGCCUCUCAAAAUGUAAUGGCUGCCGUAGAUUUUGAUCUCCGGUUCACCUAUGUAUUGGCUGGUUGGGAGGGGACAGCACAUGAUGCACUAGUGUUAAGAGAUGCUUUGGAGCGUGAGAAUGGACUUCGAGUGCCACAAGGAAAAUUCUACCUAGUUGAUGCCGGAUAUGGAGCAAAACCAGGAUUCUUGCCCCCUUUUCGUGGUGUUCGUUAUCACUUGAAUGAGUGGGGGAAUAAUCCUGUCCAAAAUGAGAAGGAGCUAUUCAACCUUAGGCACUCAUCUCUUCGUAUCACAGUAGAGCGUGCAUUUGGGUGUCUAAAGAGAAGAUUCAAAAUUCUCGAUGAUGCCACUCCUUUCUUUCCUUUCCCAACUCAAGUAGACAUUGUUGUUGCUUGCUGCAUCAUUCACAAUUGGGUUAUACAAGAUGGAAUUGAUGAGUUCUUCAUAGAAGACAAUAAUUUUUCAAGUUAUAACCAUGCUACAACAUACAGUGGACAAGCACAUGAGCAUACCGAGAUGGGACUUGGGAGAGGUACUGGUGUGGCUGCCUGGACAGCGCCAAUGUCCAAUUUCAUGCUGAAAAAUCUUGCCAAUGUCGUUGCCAGUGGUGUUAAAACAGGAAAGGGCUUCAAAAAGGUCUAUUUCAAUGCAUGUGCUAGAGCUGUCAAUGAAAAAUUCAACACUACGCUCAAUGGUGAGCAGAUUAAGAACCAUCUGAAGACAUGGCAAAGAAAGUGGGCAAAGAUAACACGACUCAAGAGCUUGAGUGCAUCUGGAUUCGAUGAAGAGAACUACAUCAUCACCCUUGAUGAGGAGCACUACAAUGGCCAUGUGCACGAUCACAAGGCUGAUGCCGAGUAUUUAAACAAGCCUCUUGAGAACUAUGCUGAGAUGGAAACAAUCUUUGGGAAGGAUAUGGCUACUGGCAAGUUUGCAAAGGAUUCAAGUGCUCCUCUUGGUACAGAAGAUGGUGAUACUGAAGAUGGGGCUGCAAAUGGUACAGAAGAGGAUCCUAGUAGUGCUUUUGAGGAAGGGGCAACAUCUAAUGCAAGACCUAACAAGAGGGCCAAGAUUGUUGAAAGUGUAGAGGAGGGGUUGAUUGGUGCGUUCAACAGAGUUGGUGACAAGCUUGCCAUGGCUAUAACGCAGGUUGCUAAAUCUAAUAAUGAGCUGCCAGAAGAUCUCUUUGACAAAGUGAAUAGCCUUUCAGUUUCAGGCUUUAAUGAUCUUCAGAUAUCCACAUACUAUGCGCAUCUGGUGGCCAAUCCUCUCAUUGGUAAAGCUUUCUAUGGCUUGCCAUUUCAGCACCAGUUACAUUGGAUGGCUAUGUUUGUUAGUGAGAGGUUCCCUGGACAGUAGGUGCUUUUGGAACAUACAACUAGUGAUAGUGGUAAAGCUUUCUUUUGCUAACUAGGCCAUGUUUGUUACACCUGAUAGUUGUAACGGUCUCUUUUGUCAGUCAUAUUUCUUUUGCUAACUGUGGCCUAUCAUAUAGUAUGCCUUGAACUUUCUAUAUUGUGUAAGGCAUGGAUUUGAUGUAAUGGUACUGUGGUAAAUGCCAUCUAUAUAUAUGAAUGAUAUUUGAUGGUAAACAGUUCGGUUUGCUACCAAGCUUCCUUUUGUUUAUUGCAUUCUCAA